AUGGAGAGGGGCAAACCAGCCACCUACACAGGCGACAAGAAGGCAAAGAUGGCUGCAAAGACCAACAAGAAGUGGGUAAGACUGGCCACCGUGUUCGCCUAUGUUUUAUCCGUGUCUCUAGCCGCGAUCAUCCUGGCCAUCUACUACAGCCUCCUAUGGUCACCAAAAGCGUCCACCAACACCACCGCGAGCGGCAACGGAACGGGGAGCAACAGCACGCUGGCGAUGCCUAUCCACAUCAACGCCACCGGCACCAACGCGUCUCUGGCGCAGACGGCCGCGUCCCUCUUCAAAAGCGCGCACUCCCAAACCGCGGCUCUCUACACAUACAUGCCCAGCGACAUCUCAGACAGCCAGACUGCAGCGAAGACACAGUCCUCCAGGAGAGAGCAGACUGGAGACGCGCAGCCGGAGACGCGCUGGGACGAGCGCGCAACGUCGCUGGAGGACGACUCUAGACAAACUCACACAAAUAAGCGGCACAGAAAGACCUAA